AUGGCCAAAACCUUCGAAUUUACACAGCUAUUGAGAAACCUUGGAAUCAGAAAACUAAGCAAAAUGUCUACUUCCACGGGUACAAAAGUCAGACAGCCAGCAUGGCAAAAGCCUUCAAAUAGUGGUGGUGAAACUGGUUUGAAGAUGUACAACAGUUUGACCAGAAAUAAGGAGGAAUUUGUUCCAAAAUCCGGAGGGAAAACGGUAUCGUGGUAUUCUUGCGGUCCCACAGUAUACGAUUCUACUCACAUGGGUCAUGCCAGAAACUACGUGUCUAUCGAUAUCAACAGACGUUUACUUCAGGACUAUUUUGGCUAUAAUAUUCAGUUUGUUCAGAAUGUCACCGAUAUUGAUGAUAAAAUUAUUCUACGUGCGCGCCAGUCCUACCUAUUUGACAAAUUUGUAGCUCAAAACCCCGUCCCAGAUUCUGCAGUGCGCGAAAAAUGUUUGAAGGCUACGCUUAAGUUCAUUUCAGAGAAUUUGAAAUCGGAUAUUUCAUCUUUGGAACAGUUUCAAACCUGGUACGAGUCUUUAGACAACUCUAAAGAGAAAGACGCCAAUCCUAAAUUUGGUAUGCACUCUUCUGCAACCCUUUCCGCUAUCGGGGCUUUAACUGGUAGUGGGGAAUGCGAUGCUAAUGACUUUUACGGGAAAAUGAAGGAUGUUCUUGUUCCUGUCUUGGACGAAGAAUCUGGAAACACUGUAAAUGACCCUGAAAUCUUCCGUGCAUUGCCUGCCUAUUGGGAAAAACAGUUCAACAAAGAUAUGGCUUCGCUGAACGUGCUACCACCAUCUGUGACUACUAGAGUGUCUGAAUACGUUCCUGAAAUCAUUGAAUUUGUGCAAAAAAUUAUAGAAAAUGGCUAUGCCUACGCAGCUAAUGAUGGUUCCGUGUACUUCGAUACUGGUGCCUUUGAUAAGUCCGAUAAACACGAAUAUGCCAAGUGUCAGCCAUGGAAUAAAGGCCAACUUCUUCUGAUCAAUGACGCAGAGGGAUCUCUCAGCGACUUUUCCGGUUCUAACGGCAAACGCUCGCCCAACGAUUUCGCUCUUUGGAAGGCCUCAAAACCAGGCGAACCUGAAUGGGAAUCCCCAUGGGGAAAGGGUAGACCGGGCUGGCACAUUGAGUGUUCUGUAAUGGCCAGUGACAUCCUUGGUUCCAAUAUCGAUAUUCACACUGGUGGUGUUGAUUUGGCGUUUCCUCAUCAUGACAAUGAAUUGGCUCAAUCUGAAGCUUGUUUCGAUAACUACCAGUGGGUUAAUUACUUCCUGCACACUGGGCAUCUGCAUAUUGAGGGACAGAAAAUGUCAAAGAGUUUAAAGAACUUCAUCACAGUCGGCGAAGCAUUGGAAAAGUACUCUGCAAGGCUGCUGAGACUGACAUUCUGUUCUGCUCAAUGGAAUAAUCCUUUGGAUUUCAAAGAAAGCUUGAUCACUGAAGUGAAAUCUUUUGAACAAACCUUAAACAAUUUCUUCAGGAAUGUGCGAGCCCUUGUUGCAGACAUCGAUCAUAGAGAAGAUGGAGGGGAGUGUGUUUCUAAGAAACUCGGCAAAGAGGAAAAAGAUCUAAUAAGAGAUUUCGAACUGUACCAGGAACAAAUUCAUACGGCCUUCUGUGACAAUUUAGCCACGCCUGUUGCCAUAAGAAAUAUUGGCGAGCUGCUAACCAGAUCCAACUUGUAUAUCGCGACCAUUGGCAGCAAUUUAAGGAUCGAACCUUUAGCUGACAUUGCCCGUUAUGUUACCAAGAUCUUGGGAAUCCUUGGCUUUCCAUCUAGACCCGAUGGCUUGGGAUGGGAAGACGAUGCGAACAAGUCACAGUCUUCGGUUUCUAACCGCGAAGAAUUGUUAAUGCCUUACGUCAAAUGUCUGUCAAAUUUCCGUGACGAAGUUCGUCGUUUGGCCAUUAGUGGGGCCGCGCAUUCUGACCUUUUGAAACUUACUGACAGGGUUCGCGAUCACGAUAUUUUGAAUCUAAAUGUUUCGAUUGAUGAUCGGAGUGAUCAAGCUUCUCUGGUCAAAUUUUUGAACGAGCAAGAAAAGGAAGAGCUUCAAAAAGUGCUAGUAGAGAAGGAAGAAAGACAAAAGGAGAAGGAAGCCAAAAAACAAGAGCAGGCCAGAUUAAGAGAGUUGAAGGAAGCGGAAAGAAGGAAGAAGGCCGAAGUUGCGCCCCAAGACAUGUUCCGUGACACCGAAUUGUAUUCUGAAUGGGAUCAAGACGGCUUACCAGUUAAAAAUAAGGAUGGAACUGAAGUUACAAAGUCGAUGUUGAAGAAGUUGAAGAAGCAGUUUGAUCAGCAGAAGAAACUACAUGAUGAAUAUUUUCCAUGA